AUGUCUAAGGCACAGUUUGAGGAAAUUCAUCGUUUGAUUGAAGAAGACAUCAAAAAAAUACGGACAAAAUUUCGUAAACCUAUUGGAACAAAAGAAAGACUUGCAGUAUGUUUAAGAUUUUUGGCAACUGGAAACUCCUAUCGGUCGUUGGCGUUCAGUUAUCGCAUGGGUUUUUCUACAGUUAAAAUCAUAGUCGAAGAAGUAUGUACUGCAAUAUGGAAGAAUUUGGCACCUAUUGUAAUGCCCAAACCUACUGAACAAACAUGGAGAGAGAUUGAAAAAGGUUUUGAAAAGAUAUGGCAUUUCCCAAAUUGUCUCGGAUCACUGGACGGAAAGCACAUUAAUUUAAUAUGUCCAAUAAAUGCCGGCUCAACUUAUUUUAAUUACAAAAAUGAGCAUUCGAUUGUGUUGCUAGGACUUGUUGACGCCCAUUACAGAUUUAUUAUAGUAGAUGUAGGGGCAUAUGGGAGAAAUAGUGAUGGUGGUAUAUACCAAGAGUCAUUAAUGGGGAAAAUGUUUGAAAAUUGUCAGUUAAAUGUGCCACCGAAUAAACCAUUAAGCCAAAAUACUGAACCUUUACCUUACACUAUUGUGGCAGAUGCGGCAUUUCCAUUAAAAACCUAUUUAUUAAAACCAUACAGUAAAGUAAAAUUAGUUAACAAAAUUUAA